AUGGCGAAACGCGCCUCGAUCCCUGAUCGGAGCCAGUCAUCCUUGGACCUUAUUACCUCUAUUGCCCGUGCUACUAAUUCCGUCAAUACGGCCACCUCCGGCAUCCGCGCGGUCGCUUCUUUCCCGCCUACCCAAGCUCAACUAACGUACGCGCAGGUGAUCGUUAGUCUCGCGCAACUCCAGGCGGCUGUCUCCAAGCUGUCGGAGGCUUAUAUCAACCAUGCGAACACCGUACUGAACCGCGGCCCGACGGUCGACAUCGGGAACAUCGCCAGCAUCAUCAACCCGCUCUAUGAAAGCGGUUUGCUGGGCGCCCUCGGUGCUCGCGCUACUAGCCCUGGCGCAAAGUCCGAAGUGGGCGAGAAGAAGAAGCGCAAGCGCGCUCCCCCGGACCCCAAUGCGCCCAAGCGCGCCUUGACCCCUUUCUUCCUUUACAUGCAGCACAACCGCAGCAAGAUCGCCGAGGAAAUGGGCUCCGAUGCCAAGCCGAAGGAGGUCUCGGACGAGGGUACCCGUCGCUGGGCCGUGAUGCCCGAAUCGGAGAAGGAGCACUGGAAGAAAAUUUAUGCGGACAACCUCGCCGUCUACAAAGAGAAGAUGAAGGCCUACAAAGAGAAGAUGGAGGCCUACAAGGCUGGUCUUCCUUUCAGUGAUGACGCGAAGGCCGCCAACCAACUGCAACAGGAGGCUGACCGUGCGGAUGCCACCCCUGCUGAAGAGUCCGAAGAGGAGGAGGAAGAGGAGGAAGAGGAAGAGGAGGAGGAGCCCGAACCGUCCGGGAGCCUACCCCACCACGCUCUGGUCGCCUCUCCUGCGGAGACCAAGAAGGCAUCGCCCGAGAAGAAGCGGACGCGCACUCCCGCCUCGAGGGAAAAGAAGGUGCAGGAGGAGACCCCCGCCUCGGCUCGCAAGUCGGCUGCGACAGAGAACAAGCGCGGCAAGAAGAAGCGCAAGAGUGAGGCUGUCGCGGAAGAGUAA